AUCCAUUCAUAAUUGGAUUAGUGAUUGAUUGAGGUGACCACAGUUCGACAAGAUGCUUUGCUGCCCGUGUUUUCCUCUUAGGAAGAAGAGGAAAGUCCAGCCAGAGCCUGUUUCAACCCCAGAGAGACGGCCUCGGAGACGGCCUCGGAGGCUCUUUAAAAAGAGAAAGACUGGGGACGCUGUCAUCCCCGAGAAGGAUAUUGUGGCCAGCCAGGAGCCUUUGGCCAAAGAUGUCCCUCAGACCUCUAGGACAGUGGAGACCACUGAGGAGGAGGUCCCCCGUCUGGAGACCCCCAGCCCUCUGGUCACCCCAGAUACCCCUGCGACCUCUGCGCUGGUCACCCUGCCCUCCCCAGAAGUGGAGACCCCCACUCUCCUCACUGGCCCCAACACCACAGCUCCCAGAGCCCCCCAAGGAGAGGAGGAGGUCCCUGCCCCAGACCCUGCUAAGAGGGAGAUGACCCCUGACCCUGUGGACCAGAGUAUAACAAAGGUCCUACAGAGGCAGUUCCCUUCAAGGGGGCAAAGAGAGAGGGCAAAGACGCCCCCUUUGGCCCAAAGUAACACGCCACAUGUUCAUACUCUCCUCUCGGCCCAGCAGCUGGAGUGCAAGGGGCUACCCAACCUAGCACAGACCUGCUACAUUAACUCCAUCCUGCAGAGUCUGUUUGCACUGCGGCCCUUCUGCACCCAGCUGCUCCUGCAGGAGGAGAAAUGGAGGAGGGAGCCCUCAGCACUGCUCCUCAGGUCCUUUGUGGGGCUCCUGGGCCUUAGAGGCUCCAGAGAGAGGGACCUGAAGGUGGCAGUGCUGCUGCAGUUGAAGCGCUGCAUCGCCCUGCGCAACCAGGAGUUCCAGGGAAACUCACAGAACGACGCGCAAGAGUUCCUGUCUGAGUGUCUGCUGGGCCUCGGGGGCAUUGGGCACGCCCUCAAGAUGAGGGGCGUGUCCUAUCAAUGCCCAGUGGACACUCAGCUCUCCUUCCAGCUCCAGCACAUUAGGACCUGCAGGAGCUGUGGACUCGAGAGCAGGAGGGAGGAGAGCUCCACCUUCCUCUCCAUCCAGAUGGUUGCGCAGGGCACAGUCCACAAGAGUUUGGAGCGUUAUUUCAGCGAGGCCGAGGUGGAGUUCAGCUGUGAGGUGUGUGGGGGGCAGACGUCAGGCCUGAAGUGUUCUUUCCACACGCUGCCUCGGGUCCUCAUUCUUCAUCUGAAGAGGUUCUGCCCCUUCACCCUCACCAAAAAGGAGGCGCACCUGCAGCUGGAUGCUGAGCUCCAGAUCAGCCAAAGGACUGAGGAUAUUAUGAGGAGGUGUAGGACGUCCCCUCAGACUCACAGCACUGGAUCAGGACACUGCCCUGCUGCCCUCUCUGCUCUAGAGGGGGAGACUCACUCUGAAGCAUCCUCCAUGGCUCAGGAGCUAGAGGCAGGGACAGAGAGACAGACUCUGGUGAGAGGCAGUUCCACCUACACUCUCACCAGCAUUGUCAGUCACAUCGGUGAGGAUAUGGACCACGGUCACUACAUCAGUGACUGUGCGGAGGAGGGGGGUCUCUGGCUGACCUUUAAUGAUGAGGUCGUCUCCCCCACCACCCUGAAGGCUGUCCUCAGAGCCAGAGCCUCCUCUGCAUACAUCCUCUUCUAUACGAGAAAGAAUUGAGGAUGUUGUGGGGAGGUGUAGGACGUCCCCUCAGACUCACAGCACUGGAUCAGGACACUGCCCUGCUGCCCUCUCUGCUCUAGAGGGGGAGACUCCCUCUGAAGUGAGGUGCUAAAUUGGACCAAAGAUUAAAACAUUUCCUCACACGCGAUAAGGCCAGGGGGGUGAAAGGUCACCAGGACACAGGCAGGACUCUCCCACUCAGCAGGACCAACACCCAGCCCACCAUGAGAUGUCACAUGUGAAACACUGGAGACUACUCCUGAUGAGGACACACACACACACCAAGCUGGUGUCUCCAGGACCAGUGUGCUAUGACUCAGCACCAUCAAGUCCUGCUGCAGCUCUACGACACACACACGCACAUUUUAACUGAAUAAACCACCAACCCAGUGUUUUCACACA